GUUCAAUCUCGUCCAAGACUUCUCAACCACCUCGAACACGUCUGCGGCGGCCCUUCAGUCGGACAAAAAGCUCAGGGAUGUCGAAAGAGGUCACUUUUCCGCCCAUCUUCAAAAGCAGUGAAGAUAUAACUGUUCUGGACUCCGGAAAUAAACAACAGCUUCGAUCUUAUUUUGAAUACGAGCUUGAUGUUAGCAAAGUCAACAAGAUGGAAAAGCACCUGUGGUUUGCAGGGCAGCGCGGGUGUUGUCGUCCUUUACAUCUGCAGAAGGCUCUCCGUCGCGAAAUAGUCGUAGUGGAGAGCUGCCAUCUUCAUCUUACAUGGCGAGGUGCCAUGAUAUUUAUCAAACCAUGUCCUGAGUUUCUGCUCGGACACACCUGGGAUACAUACCUGGAAGCUGAUGCGCAAUUGCGCCGAAAUGCUCUUGGUUUUCUGAGAACUUACGUAUCGCUCGUUCGACGCAAUAGCGACCUCAAGAUCGCCCACGAGCUAGGGCUUGUGUCGACGAACCUCAACUGGGAGCGGUGGAGCCAAAUCAGCCGCACAAUUGCGCGUGAGCCUUUUCAAACUUGCUUCGAAAUCGGGAAACCUGGCAAGACGAAGAAAAUAUACGAUCGGUGGUGUUAUGGAGAGCUUCGUCUAGAGCGACUCAACUGGAUAUUUCGGCUGUGCUUUUGUAGCAAGCGCGAAGACGGGCAACUGCAGAGAGGCUUUUUCAAUCGAUAUCAAGACUAUAGAUCGUUCCUUGAGCGCAACAUCGCUGGGCUUACUAUCUCGACAGUAUACAUGGCCCUCGCACUUACUGCAAUGCAAGUUGGACUUGGAACAGAUCGUUUGAAGGAUAGUGGAGAGUUCACAAGGGCCGCGGUAGGGUUCACGAUCUUUUCAAUCGUGGCGCCGCUUACUGUUCUUACGUUGACUGCGGCAAUAAUGCUAUACAAGCUUGUGGACAACGCCCUGUACACUCUGCGCAGGAACCGCAAUGCUGAGUCGAGGUCGAGUACAAACAAAGGUGUUUGAUGAGCGGAGUCUGUAAUUCACGGUUCAGCCAAGUAUAAUGGUGCUCACUGUAGAA